GUAAACGCCUAUCACCACAGUCUACAUGGUUUACUCCCCCUUUUACACGCUAAUGCAGCGGCCUUGCUGAGAUACGGUCAAGCACGGAUUGCUAUUAUACCUUCAUCGGAUCCCUUUACGCCCGGCAUUUGUAAGAUGGAAAUAACUAUUGCUAUUCUGGUUGCAUCUGCGACCAAGUGAUAUGUUGCAUGCCAUGCAAGCUGGCGUCGCGAGCGGCUCGGGCCUCUCCGCGAGCUUAGUGGGACAACUUGCGCCGCUACGACGAGUUCCACCGCUAUCCUGGUCUCUGUCCGGUCGCCGCAACUGUCAAUCGACGACUUGUCCGUGCCUAACCGGUUGCAACCAUAGGCAUGUCUGUGGGCAUCUGAAAGCGUAUAAGGGAUGCCUAGCGAUCAAGUGCCUAGAGCACCAGCAAUUGCCACAACGACGACCACGGCGCGAGCGGUUACCCCUUUCACCCUCAACGAGCCAUGCACAGCUUCCAUGGCCCUCGUCUCGAUAUCACCUAAGCGCAACGCCUUCGAGAAGCACGAGUUCAACGCAGCAGCACUACCGCCCACGAAAGCUCAGGAGCAGGGGUGGCGGUAGUGAGGUUGAAGAUGACCCAAGCGAGCCCCUACAUCACAUCCUGCGUCCAUCAGUGCUCCUGGUGCCGUCCUCGACCUCCUCUACAUCUUCCUGGGUACCUCAGGAUUGCAUGGCAAGUGCCGAUGGCUUCCCAUCUGGUGCCCCUCUGGCUGUCUUGCAUGUCGUACAGCCCAUCUCUACAGCUGCCACGGCACUGUUAUCGUACGAGUCACAGCUGGAACAGCUGAUUGCAGCAGCGGACACAGUUCAGGCUGUCUCCCACUUGCUAGCCGGAGGGCAGCUGCGGCACCCGGUGCAGAUCCCCCUGCAGCAGCAGCAGCAGCAACCUCCGCAUGCAACCUCCCCGCCCCCGCCCGCUCAACCCCCCGGCAGCCCCCGCCACCCCCACCGUCACCAGGAUGGGAGCCACGGGGCAGCAGCAGGGCCUCACCACCGCCCCUGGAGCCAGCGGCUGCUGCUGCUGGCGUGCGACAGGGUGGCGCACCUGGUGGAGUCGGCGGGGGGCGGCGGGGGCCGUACGACACCACACCGCACACCCGCACCCGUACCUGCUGGGGGUGGUAAUGCCGGUGACAGGGGCGGUGAGGAGCUCCUGGCGCUUGCGUCGCUGCGGUGUGAGGUGCUGCGGAGUGCGGCUGCGGGGCUGCUGGACGCGCGGGGGUACGGCCGGGUGGCGGAGGUGAUGAGGG